GGAAGCAUCACCAUUGAUGGCGUGGACAUCUAGGUAGUGGUAGUGGAACUGCCGCCCGCCAAUAACAAAGCGGCCCGCACUCUCCGGCCGCCGCCCAAAAAUUUCCCAGCGGAACUGGCGACGAGACUCUCUCCAUCAAUCUCAACCGCUCCAUCCACUCUCUAAUUGACCUCGCUUCCUGCCCGCGCACCCGGUGUCGACUGAACCUUUCACCUCAAUUGUCCACCAACUUGCAGCUUUUCGUCACUAUGGUGGGCCCGAAUGUUACUCUAACGCCCCUCAGUCGAGCCGAUGGUUCGGCUUCCUACCAAUGUCCCUCGACCGGAUCGAACAUCUUGGGGUCCGUCAACGCCCCGGUCGAGCUUCCUGGACGCCGGGAUGCUUUGAAACCCGAAGAAGCGACCGUGGAGGUAUUUGUCAAGCCCGGAACCGCUCCUGCCGGAGUUGGUGAACGAUACGUGGAGGGAAUCAUCAAGACCAUGAUCUCCAGGUUGAUCUUGGGGCGAGAGAAAGGAUAUCCGAGGCGAGGGGUUGUUAUCACGCUCGCGAUUGUUGGGGGCCAAUCUGCAAGGAGAGGAGAUUCGUAUCUCACACUACUCCCUGCGCUCCUCAAUACAUCCUUAUUGGCCCUUCUCUCUGCCUCCGUGCCGAUGUCCAUGACCUUUUCCGCCACUUCCCUCGCCGUCACCUCCACCGGAGACAUUCUUCGCGAACCGACCGCUGAGGUUGCCAGUUCGGCAGCGUCAGUCCACGUGCUGGCGUUCUCAUCCAAGGGCCAUCUCCUACUGAACGAGAGCCAAGGAGCGUUUGACCUCGAUACCUGGGACAACGUGCGGGAACGCGCUUUGGCCAUCUGCCGCGGGACGGCGUCUUACGGAUCCGAUGGAGAUGUCACCAUGACCGUGGACGUGGACGGACAGCCUCUGGAGGGAACGAUCCGCGAGGCGGUCGAAGACCAGGUCCACCGCGACUAUGCCUGGAGCAUUGAUGCGGUGUGACGGGAUUUCCCGUGCGAUCGAAUCUGCGACCAUAGGGCCCCCUUCGGCGGUUUCUACGCAUACAUGCUGACCGCCAUGAUCCGAAGAGCGACUGUAAUGCAGUGGUUCUUGCUUGCAGGUCGUGCGGGCAUGGCCAAUCGUUUGUCACACUUGGGGCACCCUUGGCAGUACAGGCAUCUCACGGCACAUGCUCUAGUGCCAUGUAUUUUGGGAGUCCCACGGCAUAUUCUGGAACCUACCAUUUUCCCAGUCCGAUAGUGGAUACAUCACCAAACCAAUGGAGACGCCCAAAGUCUUCUGAGGCGUCUGUUUUUCACCUUCGGUUAAAUCGUGGAUGGCUGGAGAAUGCACUACUGCAGUCGGACAAAUCUGAGCAAAAUACACCGACCAUGCGCGUAAGAUCGUCCAAUCCGGCAGCACGACGCUGGCUGGUUGACCAAUAGAACGAUAGCCUGUUAAUGACUUGAAUACAAAAAAAAGAAAAUCAAAUGCAAGCCAACUAUAACCAACUAAGUUAAUUCCGAGUUUCUAAUGUGGAUGUGAGCCGUCAUGCU